UGUGAGAGUGUUGUUUUGUGUGACCAAACAAAAUGCCAACAUUAGUAUCAGGCAUUUGUUGAGUGUGGAUUUUUUCGUUAGUGUCUGAGUGAAAAUUUGUUUUGUCAACAACAGGAUAUAUAUUUAAAGGAAAAGUAAGAAAACAAAUAAUACAUACAGGCAACCACUCAUACAUACAAAAACAUACAUGAAGAAAUAUUUAUACCAAUGAAAAAAAAAAAAAAAUAAUAAAAUAAAAAUUAAAAUAUUGAUGGUGAUGUGAAGAUAAAUGUGCUUAUCCUUUAUGCCUGUCUCUGUUAAAUCUGUGUGGGUUAAAAAAAUGCAAGUAUAGCCAAGCAGUAAAUGUGAAUGUGAGAGAAAGUAAAAGUAAAUAAAAAAAAAUUAACCUAACACGCACACCCUGGCAAUUUACUGCAGUACCAACAAGUACAAACACUUGUGGAUUUCUCAAGUGCUGGUCCAUCCAGCACCACCACUACUACCACAAGAAAUACAAUGGUGUCAGUGUUUGUUUUAAUGUAAAUAGCAAUUAAAAGUCCAGUUAAUCAUAAUAACGACACCAACGAUUAUUAAAAAGAAAACAAAAAGAACCACCACAAUACAAAACUAAUUACAAGCAACGUUUGACAACAUUUUUGUAUGCCCAAGUUGGCUCAACGGUGGACACAACACCAUCGGAAGUAGCAGUCAUCCGUUACAACAGUUCCUGUUUCCGAUUUUUGUCGGAAAUGCAUUAUUGUCAACACGAUGGACAUCAUUUGCAACUUAUCCAGCCAAAGACUUUAUAAUUUUGUGUAAACGAUCAAAAGAUUCCACAGCCACCUGCCAAAUUGUAAUACUCACCUGCCCAGCUACAAAAUGUCAAAUCUAUCAUCCAGUACCAAUAGCCACAUAUUUCGUUCACUUUCGUCCGACAGCCAGAAGAAGGACUGGUCGAAACGUUUGUCGCUACGUGGCAUGCGUUAUGCAAAUUCCAGUGGCAGUACAACGUCGGCCAGAGAAGACUCCAAAAAGAGUAAAUUCUUCAAUCGUUCUUCAUCGCUGAAACAAUCAAUACACUCCACAACACAGCCAUCUGUAGACUUGAAUGUAACCGGACAGUCUGCAAUGGCAAUGCAGCCAGGCCAACAGCAGCAGCACCAUUCCCAGCAACCGUCGACGCCAAAGAAAUCCAAUUGGGAAGUAAUUGAACACUUUAAUACCAGCGCCAAAAGUGGCAAAGCUGUUGUCAGCAGCAGCCUGAUUGCGGCAGGCAUUACACGUUGCAAUAUUGACGAAUCUAUUGACUCAACGAAUUCCAGUUCCACAUGCCAUAGCCCAAUGACAUAUCAACGAGACGAGGCCCAGCUAUUGCAAGCAAAUGACGAGUCGUCGGAGGCACAACAACGUAACACGGAGGCCAAUGCAAACAUGAAUGCCAAUCUGAGUCCAACGAUAUCAUUCUGGUUUCGCUUGAACCGCACCAUUUUGAGACUCUGUAGUACACAUCAAUUUAAAAAUUUACAGGUGGAAAUGUUGUAUCAACGCUAUUUUCUUCGCAUGAAUCAAAGUAGCACCACUCACAUUUUGGUACUUCUGCUGGCAUUGGUUUUGGCCCUUUCCAGUGCCCACAUUGUGUUUAAGACAAUGCAAGUUCGGCGCAACAUGGUGGCACUGAAGUUUCCUCACGUCGAGUCGAAUAAUAACAUCACCGAUUUCAGUCUGAUGGCGCCCAACGCCAGUUACCCCUAUUUAAUGCAGGCCGCAACUCAAGAGGACUAUCCACAUUACGGGCGGCCGGAACGUGAUAAACAAGCGUUGGCACAGGAAAUAGAGGAAUUCGAUGCAACAUCCGCUCUACAACAAAUGGAAAUGCCAUAUCAUUUACCAUUCAAUGCUAAAACGGAUAUUGUGGCGAAGGCGUUGGUGGCGUCUGAUGUAACAGCAAAUUUUGAUUCAGUGGAAAAUAAUUUUAACAAUCCCGUGGUCUAUGCCAAACAACAAAUGUUAAUUAGUGAUGAUGGUGAUGAUGAUGAUGAUUAUGCGUCUGAUAUUAAUAAUGAAUUUGAUACUGUUGAACAUUUGCCAAGAUACACGAAUAGUCAUAGAAGCCAAACAUCCCUGCAGCCAUCCAGUAUAAGCCGGUAUCGCUUAAGCAACGAAAUAAACUCUUCAAUGACAACGCAAUUGUUCAAGCGACGUAAAAGGAAAUCUGUCAAGAGACAUCAACGAAAACAUCGUUCCAGAUUAAAAAGAUAUGCUGUAGUGGAUGAUAACGUCCAAUCUAAAAACAUGCUUUCGAGGAAGGGCGACUACGCAGGGAGCAGUAAAUUUACUUCCAGUCCCUUUGAUUUAAUAACUCAUCAGAAAAAUGUCCAGCAUCGCAAAGCAAAUGUCGCUGGUGACAACAAACGAAUAGAAUAUCAUCGUAUCAUAAAUAAUAUAGAUUAUGAAGGAUACACAGGCCUGCACCAAAAGCAUUCCCCGGGAAGGCGGAAACAAAUGCUGGGAAUGUCGCUUCAAAUGACAGGUAAACAACAAAAACUGGGAAAUAUGUUUCCAUCAGACGAUGACAUUGCUGUUAACAAAGUUGUUGAUUCAUUGAAAUCUAGUAAAAGUAUGAAACUCCAGCAUGGACGUAAUGACAUUUCAAACAACAACAACAACAACUAUAAGAUAAAGCGAAGACGACGACAUCACCACAAAAAACAACAAAGAUCCAAAAGACAUGAUCUGAAUGAAAAUGAAAAUAUAUUGAAUGCCAACAUUGAAAAUAUGAACAUGAAGAGGGACACAAAAUUGAAUACUCAACUACAUAACCAGAGCCAAGAGCAACAGCAUCAUCACCAUCAUCCACAACAACAACAUCAUCACUUACACCGACAGCAUAGCCAACAUCGUCAUGGCCAACACGAGCACUAUCCUCCAUCCUCCAUUCGGACCUCAGAGAGUGAGAAUGGCUAUGCUGCGACUGAAGCCUCUGAAGUCCCAUCACCAGUCUGGCAAGACGCAAACAACACCAUCAAUGGCAACCAUUUUGACACUGUCACACAUGAGGCUAUCGAUAUCCCUGCUGCCUACCCAAUUUCCGACACAAACGAGCCAUUGCCCCUGCCAGAGAAUAGGAACAGCGACAAUAGCGAUUUUGUUUCGCACUCUCUGGCCAAGUUGCCCACAUUUUUAAAUGAAAGCGCCCUUGAAGCGGACAACAGUGUAACUUUCACGCACAGCGGUAGUCUCUUGGAUGUGAUCCCCAAAUCUGCUGCCGAUGGCAAUGACAAUGAAAUUGAUUUCAUUUUCGCGGUGAUUGGGGAAAUUGACGAGAAAAUGUGGGUGUUGUUGAUUGUCAUGACCAUUUGUGCGCUCGUCUAUUCCGUCCUGCUGUGUAUCCUGUCAAAACCGGCAAUGAAUGAAAUAUUUUUGGUACUCGUGUCUUAUGUAAUCGUUGGUACUUUUGUGGCCAUACAAAUCGCCGUGGGCUACUCAACGCUGCCAAGCAAAUCAUUUAAUGGCUGUGCCUGCUGUGUCAUCUUUGUCUACAUGACGUACACCAUGCUGCCACUGCGCCAGCGAGAGUCUCUGGUUGGCGGUAUAAUUUUAUCAGCAACUCAGAUUUAUACCACUAUCAGCCGUGCAGAGGAUACAUACCAGUGGCAAGAGUUAUUCAGUACUUUAAUGGCUUUAUUUUUAUCAAAUCUGACCGGCAUUUAUACCCACUGGCCGAAGGAGAAGGCGCAACGGAAGGCAUUCAUCGAGACGCGUCAGUGUAUCGAGGCUCGUCUGCGAACACAACGAGAGAAUCAACAGCAGGAACGUCUUUUACUGUCGGUGUUGCCAAGACAUGUGGCCAUGGAAAUGAAAGAUGAUAUCGCAGGACAACCGCGUGACACGCAAUUUCACAAGAUCUAUAUACAACGACACGAAAAUGUCAGUAUCCUGUUUGCUGACAUCUGCGGUUUUACAAGUCUCUCGGAUCAAUGUACGGCUGAGGAGUUGGUGCGUUUAUUGAAUGAGCUUUUUGCCAGAUUUGAUCGAUUGGCAGCCGAACAUCAUUGUUUGCGUAUUAAAUUAUUGGGUGAUUGCUAUUACUGUGUCUCAGGGUUGCCCGAACCCCGACCGGAUCAUGCCCAUUGUGCCGUUGAGAUGGGUUUGGAUAUGAUUGAUGCUAUAGCAUUGGUGCGUGAGGUAAUGGCGGUCAAUGUUAACAUGCGUGUGGGCAUACACACGGGACGUGUCCAUUGUGGUGUUCUGGGUUUAGUGAAAUGGCAAUUUGAUGUGUGGUCAAAUGAUGUGACACUGGCCAAUCACAUGGAGAGUGGUGGCAUACCUGGACGAGUCCAUAUUACAAAAGAAACAUUGAAAUGUCUCGAUGGCGACUAUGAAGUGGAGGUGGGAAAUGGUGCGGAACGUAAUUCAUAUCUGAAGGAUCAUCAAAUUGAAACGUAUCUCAUUGUUCCGGGGGAUAUUUAUAGACCGAAUAAGAAAUCUCGCAAUCGUUUACAAGUAAACGGUAACAUAUCCAAGGAAUUGCGAAUGAUGGGUCAUGGAAGCAUGCAGAAAAAUUGCUCGAAAUUCGGUUUCGGCGAUAGUAACGAAUCGUCUAAAGAUCCAGAAGAUGAAGUCAACGAAUAUCUUAUGAGAGCCAUAGAUGCCCGUAGUAUAGAUCAUUUAAGAGCGGAACAUUGCAAGUCAAUUUUACUCUCAUUUAAGGAACAAAAUCUUGAGAGAAAGUACGCAACAGAGCCUGAUCGAAUGUUAAGUGUAUAUUUUUACUGCAGUUUUAUUGUUUUAGUCGGGGCAACUAUUAUGCGCCUGUGUAUAUUUACCUGUAAUGCAUUUACAAUUGCCAUCUCGUGUCUGAGUGUAGCCGUAGUCAUGAUAAUAUCGGCACUGGUGACCUGUCACAAUCUCAAUGUUAAUAUUCCCCAUGGUAUCAAACAGUUUUCACUGCAAAUUCACAGUAAUCGCGUUCUGUCGCAAUGUUUUGCAUUUCUGACGGUUGCCCUGAUUGCCCUCACUACGGGACUACUGAUGUUUCAAGAGGUAAACGUCAUUGUGCCAUUUUCCGUCGAAAGACUACAAACCAUGGACAAUACAAGCAGUUUGUUUAACAAAGAUGUGAACGAAGAAAUUCUGUUUAAUUUAACAGCAGCUCAGAUACAAAACCAAACUCUACCCACCGAUGAAGAGAAAUGGAGCAGAACAAAGCCAGCUGGCUCUAAAUUCAAUAAAUUUUACUGUGAUUAUUACUUAGCAAUUAAUACUUUCCUGUUGCUGACGCUGCUUUCCAUGAUGACGUGCGCCACCUAUCAAGUGCUACGAAUUCUAUUUAAAUUAAUAUUGCUGCUGAUUGCCUCGAUAUUCUACAUUGGAUUUUCUGUAUAUUUUCUAAUGCAAGAGGAAUUGUACAACAAACUGGACAAUGAGGAAGCACUACUGCGUUACAUAAUUGAUUUAAUUUUCCUGCUUGCAUUUAUGCUGGCAUUGAUUUUUCAUAGUCACCAGACGGAGGCCACCUAUCGUUUGGACUUCAUUUGGAAACUACAGGCAACAGAGGAAAAAGAAGACAUGGAACAUUUACAGGCCUACAAUCGGAAGCUUUUGGAAAAUAUUUUACCCGUACAUGUUGCUGAACAUUUCCUAAGUCGAGAUAAAAAUAUCGAUCUAAAACUGAAAUUCAUUGCUAUUGAAAUUAUUGUUACCCCAUCGAAAUGA